GGAGCAGGACGCAAACAGCUGACAGUGGACAACAACAGCCUGUGCUCCUGUGUCCUGCAGGUGGUGUGUAGAGUCCAGUCACUGCUGACGGGAGUCCACGGCGGACAGGGCCGACCCUGUUCUGUCUACAAUGUUUACUUUUCAGUGGUGCGUUAAAUAGAGGGCUGUGAGCGGAGGAGCACACGGACAGGCCGAGGCAGCAGCCAUGGCUCCGUCCCUGAUCCGAGCCUGCCGCAGUCUCGCCUUCUCGACGUGGCUGCUCUCGUUUUGCUUCGUCCACUUGCUGUGCUUGGACUUUACGGUGGCUGAGAAAGAGGAGUGGUACACUGCUUUUGUUGAACUUACGUACAGUGACCCUACCACCGCGGAGUUAAAGGCCGACAAAACGGAGUGCGGUCGGUACGGGGAGCAGUCUCCCAAGAAGGAGAGCAGCGGAGUGGUGCUGAUGCCCAGCCUCCCGCAGGACAGGCAGGGCUGCGACCCCAACGCCAGGUUCCCGCCUGUGCCGCCGCGCAGCGCCUGGAUGGCGCUCAUCGCCGCAGGAAACUGUUCUUACCAAGAGAAAAUCCGAAAUGCCGCCACCAACAAUGCAACUGCGGUUAUUGUAUACAGCGUGGGUUCAGGCAGCCCCAACGACACCAUCACCAUGUCCCACCCAGGGACUGGUGACAUGGUGGCCAUCAUGAUCACGGAGCACAAAGGCCUGGAGCUGGUGUCUUUACUGGAGCGGAACAUUGCAGUCUCGGUCCACAUCACCAUAGGAACCCGCAACCUGCAGAAGUACGUCAGCAGGACAUCUGUGGUCUUCGUCUCCAUCUCCUUCAUCGUCCUCAUGAUCAUCUCACUGGCCUGGCUUGUCUUCUACUACAUCCAGAGAUUUCGCUACGCCAAUGCACGCGACCGCAACCAGAGACGCUUGGGAGAUGCUGCCAAAAAAGCCAUAUGCAAACUUCAAACCCGCACCAUCAGGAAAGGAGACAAGGAGACUGAGUCUGAUUUCGACAACUGUGCAGUUUGCAUAGAGGGGUAUAAGCCAAAUGAUGUGGUGCGGGUAUUACCUUGCAAGCAUGUUUUUCAUAAGCACUGUGUGGACCCCUGGCUACAAGACCACCGCACAUGUCCUAUGUGUAAGAUGAACAUCCUCAAAGCUUUAGGGCUAAGCCCGGACUGCUCAGAUGAGGCUCCUCCAGACUACGACACAUCAGUGGGGGGACCGCCGACCAAUGCUAUCACGGGAGCCAGCGAGAUCACUGUGAACGAGAGCUCUGUGGUAGUGGACACGGAGGGGAGAGGAGUGGGUCUGCAGCAGUUUCAGACAGAUGGAGGAAUAAUACCACAGGCUGAGGGAUACGUCAUAGCCAGCAGCGAGCACCAGCCAGCUCUGAGCAGUGGGUCGGACUCCUCUCUGAUGGUGGGAGUGGACAUGUCCGACGUGGAUCUGACCGAACAGGAGUGCGGAGGGGCCAAAACCUGAGCCAACCAAAUGUAUCCGUGCUCCUUUGGACUUUAGAAAGAAAGAUUGAAAAGGAGCACAAGAAUUCCCUGUUACUAACGCAAAACAUGCAGGUCUGUGGCACAUUGUGGACAUGUUGCAACAAUUCAGUUACCCAUAAUCCCUCAUUGCAUCAUUUUUCCUAACAUUUUGGAGUACAUUUUUGGGACUCCUCGCCUGUCCACCAGCUGAAACUUAAAACAGGAAGUUCAGAUCAUUCCGAUAACCAGAUGAAAACAUAACAGAACAUUGCAGCAGAUGUUUUUGUGUGAACUGCCACCAGCGGUUUUCUCAAAUCAUUUUUUAAGUAUUUUGGUUUUGACAUUUCACAUCACAAGGAGACAUUUUACGCUAUCUUCCAAGUGAAAUAGUUGUGUGAUCCCACCCGUCCCAUUUUGACAAUCAGAUUUCGAGUGAUGUCGCCCACUGCCCUACCAAAGCUGCUCUUUUAGAAAUAGGCCUCCCGGGUGGUCGCUUGGUACCGCUACUUAAACCAGUUGUGUGGACUUUGCUGCUUAACUGAUCUAGUUUUUCCCCAUGAAGCACACUGUUCUUAAAGGCCGGCCAAUAUAAAUAUUGUGUGGGACAGGUCGAUUAACUAUUGCAUCCCCAUUGGACUGCCUAUAUUUUACAGCACAAAAAGUACACUUCAGAUGGCUAUUCAAAGGGGGACACAGUGCUUUGAGGGAAUCUUAGAGGGUGUGAAAUAUUUUUUGAGAGAAAUAUGUUUACAAUGUUCAGGUUGGAACAGAGUUUAAGCAUCCCUGUUGUCUGAUAUUUAUUUGGCACUGGAUAUGAUGCAUCACUGCCACCUAUUGGUCAAAAGUGGAAGUUGUGGCUGUCCAAUAGAGCAUGCAAAACAAAUGUAUUCCAUACUCUAUUUACAUGAACCUUCCAUCAUUCUUAACAAACUUAACUUCGGUGUGACAAUAUACCUUCUUUUUGCCAUGCCGUCGUCAUGUUUGAGCAUGCUUUCUGUAUUAUUCAAACGGGAGGAAAAAGCAGUUAAUAUGUUGACUUUACGAUGGCAUGAAAUCUAAAUUGGUGUCAAGAAAUUAUGUAUUAAGAGCAAAGAUUUACCCCAAAUAAAUUUUUUAAAAAUUGUCCCAGAACCAGAUGUUGCAACAAUGAUGUAUUAUAAGGUCUAGGUAGAACAUGGGUUCUAUUGCUGUGGAAAACGUGGCGGCCAUCUUGUGAGUGGAACAAGAGCAAAAUUCUGAUACUGUAAUGUAAAAACAGGGUCAGAAAGUUCAUUGAUUCAAGGGUAAAUUGACAUAUAGUGGUGUAGUUGUGGUCCUAAUAAUGCAGGGAACUAGAGGCUCUGCUCUGCCUGAAGCUAUUACUCAAGUUAGACUUUAAUCUGAGAUUUACUUUACAUCUACCAUAAAGAAUUGACUUAGUUGGAAGUUCAACAGGUGAACAGAUUGUGCUGUAAAACAAGUGUCUCAGACAUAAAAAACUGUCACAAUGUAGUUAGCAUUAGCCAACAGUUUUUCAGUUAAUCACCUUCACCAUUUUUGUUGAACAAACUCCUAAACAGGACCAUGAACACUCGUACUGAACACAGGCUCAUGAAAAUAUGUUAAAUCCAUUUUGUUUUCAUAGUAUCUUAAAACUUUUUUUUUUUUUUUUUUUACAGCGUUUGCUAAUUGUGUUGCAUUGUGUUUCUAUGGUAACUGCUGAACAUUACUCCAUAGAGAUACAGGUAGAUGACCCCCAGUGUGACGUCACUGCAGAGUAUCAAUAUUCUUGAGUAGAAUUCCACACUCACAACAUGUCUGUCUCUAGCUCCUUAUUUAUAUCUCAUUGGUUGCAACAAUUUGUCUAACACCGACAUUGGACCGAUGCAGUUUGAAAAAUGCAUAACACCACAUAAAACAGAAAAAACUAGAACAUUUUUUGAAUGUUGUUUACAACACAUUUAAUUUUGUGAAUUUGUUUGAUUACCUGUAACCAAAUUUCAAAAGUGACGUUUAUAAAUCUCUACAAUAGGGCUUAGUACUUUCUAUAUUAUAUUAUUUUCCCCUUUGGAUACGGGCCUUGUGUUUCUUUGUGUGUGUGGUCUACAGGAUCUGGUCUGUGUCACAUUCCUACAGCAGAGAGCCAGAGGUGCUAUCUGGUGCCAUUCACUCUUUCCAUGAGAUCAUGAGGGCACUUAGGACUACUCUGUUAUAACCUACUGCAUCCACGGGUUUAAACAAGUACAAAUCUCAAACAUAUCCAUUACAUUUGCAACAUACAACAAGCACAGAAUUUUGAAAACUUGAUAUUGUUGCAGGUUUACAAUAAUUCAAUGGGUUGUGUGAAGUCAUUGCAUUAUAAAAAUGACCUUGUUGGGAAAUAUUUCUGUGAUAAAAAGUACAACAUUAUAAAACGUCUUCUCAGUCUGCUCAAUAUAAUAAAAUAUAUGAUAUUUUUUUCCUUUAUUUGUCCCACAAUGAAGAAAAUGUGACGUUAUUCACCCACACAGUUGUAAGUACUCAGCAUAUAGCAGUAUUGAAUUAAACCAGGGAACACGGUUAAUAGUAAUACAAAUACCUGGAUUUAUUUUUGAGGAGUUUUUGUCAAUUAAAAAUAGUUGCCCAUCCAGUAAUAUUGGUGUGAAAUGUUUAAUUUUGCAUGAAAUUCUAACUUGUGAAAGUAACAAUAUUCAUAACCAGUGUACCAAGUACAAAAGUAAAAGUACUGUACUUGAGUAUAUUUUUCGAUGUCUGUACUUUGUUCAAAUAUAUUUUUUUAUUUUUACUUCACUACAUUGCAGAGCAGGUAUUUGUACUUUCUACUCCACCACAUUUUUCCUGAAUUAUAAAUGAAUUGAUUUUAACUUUUGUGAUUUUUUUCUCUUUUCAGUCAUUUAAAAAUACUUCACCGUCCUGUAACAUUGGGCAGAGAUUUUGCAUCAAAUUUCUAACACAAAGUAAAGUCAUCAGCAGGUUUAUCUGUUACAAGUGAAGGAGACUUUCACAGCACAAAUUGUACCCACACUCAUUGCUCCAAGCACUUUCCCAAAUGUAUAUCUUGUCCUUCAUUUCAAACCAAGAGUAUUAUUACAGUUGGUUGUACUGCUUGACUGUUCCGAUGAGACACCUGUAACCAUGUUCGAUGAAUGUAGCCUACAUUUUGCACAAUAAUGUAAUUUUGCUGCAAAUACCAAAUUCAUAGAGGAAUAUUCUUGUAGUGUUUGCACAAUAUCCCAAUGUAAAACUUGUCCGUGUUACUGUCCAAGGAUUUUGUAAAGAAUGACAUUUGUUUAUAGUCGGUUUAAACCCUUUGUCUUGCACUUUAUCCCUGUGUGACGGGAGGUGUUGGAGGGCUCUGAAUAUUGUUGUACAUAAAUGGAAUGAGGAUGAUGUAAUGGACACUGUACUCAGCCUCAGUGGCAGUAACAGCUUUGCUCUUUUGUAUUGCAUAAGUGUAUGAGCCGUGUCUGCACGUGUUUGUUACUCAUAAAAUGUUUUUUCCAAGUUUGAUAAA